CAGUUCAGGUCUUGGAAAACAUCAGAGAAUCCACAAUGGAGAGAAGCUUUAUAAAUGUAUUGAAUGUGGAAAGACUUUCACAUGGAGAAAAGUCUUCAUGAACAUCACAGAAUCCACACUGGAGAGAAGCCUUAUGAAUGUAACAAAUGUGGCAAGGCUUUCCCACGGCGCAGCAAUCUUAUUGUCCAUCAGAGAAUCCACACUGGAGAAAAGCCUUAUGAAUGUGAUGACUGUGGAAAGGCUUUCACACGGCGCAGCAAUCUUACUUUCCAUCAGAGAAUCCACACUGGAGAGAAGCCUUAUGAAUGUAAUGAAUGUGGAAAGGCUUUCACACGGAGUGACAAUCUUCGUGAACAUCAGAGAAUCCACACUGGAGAGAAGCCUUAUGAAUGUAAUGAAUGUGGAAAGGCUUUCACACAGCGCAGCAAGCUUACUUUCCAUCAGAGAAACCACAUUGAAGAGAAGCCUUAUGAAUGUAAUGUAUGUGGCAAGGCUUUCACAAAGCACUUCUCCCUUGAAGUACAUCAGAGAAUCCACACAGGAGAGAAGCCUUAUGAAUGUAAUGAAUGUGGAAAGGCUUUCACACAGCUUUCCAGUCUUGCUGUCCAUCAGAGAAUGCACACUGGAGAAAAGCCUUAUGAAUGUAAUCAAUGUGGAAAGACUUUCACGAAUUGCUCCAGUCUUGCUAGACAUCAGAGAAUGCACACUGGAGAAAAGCCUUAUGAAUGUAAUCAAUGUGAAAAGACUUUCACGAAUUGCUCCAGUCUUGCUGUCCAUCAUAGAAUCCACACUGGAGAAAAACCUUAUGAAUGUAAAGAGUGUGGAAAGAAUUUCAGAUACAUCUCAGUUCUUGAAAAACAUCAGAGAAUUCACACUGGAGAGAAACCUUAUGAAUGUAAUAAAUGUGGAAAGACUUUCACAAAUUGCUCCAAUCUUACUUUCCAUCAGAGAAUCCACACUGGAGAAAAGCCUUAUGAAUGUGAUGACUGUGGAAAGGCUUUCACACGGCGCAGCAAUCUUACUUUCCAUCAGAGAAUCCACACUGGAGAGAAGCUUUAUAAAUGUAAUGAAUGUGGAAAGACUUUCACAUGGAGAAAGAGUCUUCAUGAACAUCAGAGAAUCCACACUGGAGAGAAGCCUUAUGAAUGUAAUAAAUGUGGAAAGACUUUCACGAAUUGCUCCAAUCUUGCUAGACAUCAUAGAAUCCACACUGGGGGAAAAACCUUAUGAAUGUAAUCAGUGUGGAAAGAAUUUCAGAAAUUGCUUCAGUCUUGCUAGACAUCAGAGAAUCCACACUGAAGAAAAAUCCUAUGGACUUAAUCAGUGUGGAAAGAAUUUGAGAUGCAGUUCAGGUCUUGGAAAACAUCAGAGAAUCCACAUUGGAGAGAAGCCUUAUGAAUGUAAUGAAUGUGGAAAG